CCAUGUCUCGUUUAGUAUCGCUGUAUGCAGUGUUUGCAGUUGUUCUAUGCUGGAUUUCAGUGGUCCGUGCUGAUGGCGCAGAGUUUACCUCCGGAAUCCUUCGACCAGCCGCCGAUCCAGCCGAAUACGUCCCCGUGCCUUGCGAUGGAACGAAACCCACGACCUGUCAAUCCUGCAAUUCGAUCCAGGUUUGCGUUCAGGGCAGUACUAACAACUUGAUUCGCACCUGUCCAUCUUCAACGCCCUAUUGCGUCCAGUCCGAUACUGGUGCCUCAUGUCAGUCAUCGCCGGAUUCACAGUGCACGGUCAGUGCGGAAAACGGAUUCGUCUGCACCAGCACUGGAUUUUUCCCAGAUCCCGCUUCCUGCCAGGUCUAUCAUUAUUGUGAACGGGAAGGUGAAGCUGGGGAUACCUAUGACUGCCCCAACGGAUAUCGCUAUAACAGCCAGAGGAAAAUGUGUCAACUGUGGGGUUGGAAUCGUCGUUGCGAUACUGUGAAGUGCGACCCAACGAGUCAGAAUGUCUUCGCGUCAUAUCCGUAUGACGAUGAAUAUUACGUGUACUGUCAGUACGACUACAGCACUGACACCCCAACCUACAAGAAGUCGUACGUCCUGUCCUGUGGAAAAGGAUCCAAGUUCGAUUCCAAAAACCAGGUGUGCAAAUUCCAGUGUCGAAAGGCUGGCUUGUUCGUUAACACGGUCAAUCCCAGUCAGUACUACUCGUGCUAUCGCAAUCGAUUCCAGUGGGAAGCGAAGGUGAACACUUGCUCCAAAGCGAAUUAUAUCUUUGACGAAGAACUCAUGCGAUGCAAAGAAAAUCCUGACGCAGCUGUAACGGAACCUAUGACCGAAACAGAUCAGAAUCAACCGAUAUCAUUAACGAGCAUCGAUAACAAGAUUUCUGGAUCCGGAAGUGCGUCCGAGAAUUCAAACUCAGAUUCAAGUACGGAAAAAGCAACGAAAACUGAAGCAUCAACUGAUACGCCAGCUGUAGCUAUAGUGCAGUCUGAUACGAUUCCUGUGAGGAAAGACUGCCUUUACUUCUUGAAGGAUUUAAUGCUAAAGAAUAACAUUCUUUAGUGAGGAUGAUGAAAGUCUUGAAAGCUUGCGUGAAGUACUGUUAGUAUAGAUUAAUUAAUUUAUUUAUUUAUAUUCUU